AUUAAGGAGUGCGGUAAUAAUAAUACGUUCAUUUCAGUUCAAGGCAUAAGUUAUGGUCUUGUUCCUCCACAAUGCUUCCAGUUUCUUCACUCUCCCUCAGCCAUCACAAAACCACAACAACAAUUGCCGAAGCCACGUGCCACUGCGCGUUCUUCAAAUUCAGUUUCAACAAACCUCAUCAUCAUCGCACUCCUCUCCUCUUCCCUAACCACCUUCCCAACGCAUCGCCGCCACUUCUACGAACGACAACCUCUCUCCGUCGCAAUGCCGCGGCAGAUCCGCCUCCUGGUUUCUCCGGCGUCGCUGACGUGAUCGUCGUUGGCGCCGGCGUCGCCGGUUCCGCUCUCGCCUACACCCUCGCCAAGGAUGGACGAUGUGUCCAUGUUAUUGAGAGAGACUUGAGAGAGCCAGACAGAAUCGUUGGUGAACUUCUCCAGCCAGGAGGAUAUCUAAAGCUAAUUGAAUUAGGGUUACAAGACUGUCUGGAGCAAAUUGAUGCACAAAGGGUGUUAGGAUAUGUUCUUUUCAAGGACGGGAAAAAAACUAAGCUGCCUUAUCCUUUGGAGAACUUUCAUGCUGAUGUGGCUGGUAGGAGCUUCCAUAACGGACGGUUUAUACAGAGGAUGAGAGAAAAAGCUGCUACUCUGCACCAUGUACGAAUGGAGCAGGGCACUGUAACAUCUCUUCUUGAACAGGAUAAUGGAACUAUUAUAGGGGUUCAGUACAAAACUAAAGAUGGCCAAAAACUUAAAGCAUAUGCUCCCUUCACAAUUGUUUGUGAUGGCUGUUUCUCAAAUCUACGUCGGUCUCUCUGCUACCCCAAGGUAGAAGUACCCUCCUGUUUCGUGGGUUUAGUUCUGGAGAAUUGUCAACUCCCACUUGAAAAUUACGGGCAUGUUAUUUUGGCUGAUCCUUCCCCUAUCUUAUUUUAUCGCAUCAGCAGCACUGAAGUUCGGUGCUUAGUUGAUAUACCUGGUCAAAAAGUUUCUCCUGUUGGUAAAGGUGGAAUGGCCAACUACCUUAGGGCUAUGGUGGCUUCCCAGAUUCCACCCGAGCUUCGUGAUGCUUUCAUAUCUGCAAUUGAUCGAGGAAAUAUCAGAACCAUGCCUAACAGUAGCAUGGCAGCAGAUCCAUAUCCUACUCCUGGAGCUCUGUUAAUGGGUGAUGCUUUCAACAUGCGUCAUCCUUUGACUGGUGGAGGAAUGACAGUGGCACUGUCUGAUAUUGUUGUGCUGCGGAAUCUUCUAAAGCCAAUUUGUGACCUGAAUGAUGCAACCUCAUUAUGCAGACAUCUUGAAUCCUUUUACAUCUUACGCAAGCCUAUGGCAUCCACCAUAAAUACUUUGGCAGGUGCCCUAUAUAAGGUCUUUUCGACUUCACCCAAUGAAGCUAGAAAGGAACUGCGCCAAGCAUGUUUUGACUACUUGAGCCUUGGACAUUUUUUUUCAAGUGGACCCAUCGCUCUACUCUCUGGUCUAAACCCUAGCCCGCUGAAUUUAAUUCUCCAUUUUUUUGCUGUUGCAUUAUAUGGGGUUGGCCGUUUGCUCUUACCAUUUCCUUCAUUUGAACGUACUUGGAUUGGAGCUAAAAUAGUUUUGUGUGCAUUUGGCAUAAUAUUUCCCAUCAUCAAGGGUGAAGGAGUAAGGCAAAUGUUUUUCCCCACAUCCAUACCGGCAUUUUAUAGAGCUCCUCCUGAUAGGUGGUGCAUUGAGGAGUAAGGGAACCAUUGUUCUGCCUGCAAUGCAUUUUCAAUUAAUUUGUCUUGAAAUUAAAGCGGAUUUCGAUGGACGCAAAGGACAUUUGUUAUGCCACUUGGAAGGGAUUAUUGAUGAGGGGUUUCUAUAGGUUUUAGGAGGUAAUUGGUCAACCCCUUUUACUUUCAUUGUACCAAAAGAAAAAAGUAAAUAGACAUUGUCAACCUGAAAAUUGUGUGCUUAUAUAUGUAGUAUAUUCCUGUCUUGUUUUUAUUUCCCUUCAGCACACAUCAUUGUACCAAAAGAGGGGGGAUACUUUGGUUCAGAAUGGAUGUACAGAACAGAAAAUUAUAUGUUAGCAUCAUUGUAUAUUAUUACUCAUAAGUACUUUAUUUUUUUCUUUAACAAGUAUUUUAUUACU